CAUUCAGCAGAAGAAAAGAGCGCAGGCCGAAAUACUUCCUCUUCCUUCCGCGGCCUCAGAGACUUUCUCAAAAUGGUCCGCUACUCUCUCGACCCCGAGAACCCGACUAAGUCCUGUAAGGCGCGGGGCUCCAACCUCCGGGUUCACUUUAAGAACACCCGUGAGACAGCCCAGGCCAUCAAGGGAAUGCACAUCCGCAAAGCCAACAAGUACCUGAGGGACGUUGUGGUCAAACACCAGUGUGUUCCGUUCCGUCGCUACAACGGCGGCGUCGGUCGCUGUGCACAGGCCAAACAGUUCGGCUGGACUCAGGGUCGCUGGCCUAAGAAGAGCGCCGAGUUCCUGCUGCACAUGCUCAAGAACGCCGAGAGCAACGCUGAGCUGAAGGGUCUGGACGUUGACUCUCUGGUCAUCGAGCACAUCCAGGUCAACAAGGCGCCAAAGAUGAGGCGACGCACGUACCGCGCCCACGGUCGCAUCAACCCUUACAUGAGCUCCCCGUGCCACAUCGAGAUGAUCCUGACGGAGAAGGAGCAGAUCGUCCCCAAACCAGAGGAGGAGGUCGCCCAGAAGAAAAAGGUUUCACAGAAGAAGCUGAAGAAGCAGAAGCUGCUGGCACGAGAGUAAAUAAAACCAAUAAAAUGAAACGUCACGAUCA